UUAGCUCUUCCUGUCCUAUGGUUGUAAAGCACUGCAGUUUAUCUUUGGGUGCGAUGGAUGAAACUGAAGUGUUAGACGCUGUAGAAUCUACAUUCGCUAUUGUAUUUCUAAUGUUAUCUAUUUUAUCAGUGAAGAAAUUCAUAAAGUCAUUACUAUUUAACGUUGGUGGAAUAUUUGAAUCAGGUGGCGUCUGGUAAUUUGUUAACUUAGCCACUGUGCUAAAUAAAAACCUUGGAUUGUUUUGGUUAUUUUCAAUGAGUUUGUGUAUAUGCUCUGCCCUAGCAGUUUUUAGAGCCUGUCUAUAGCUGGACAUACUGUUUUUCCAUGCAAUUCUAAAAACUUCUAAGUUAGUUUUUCUCCAUUUGCGUUCAAGACUACGAGUUAAUUUCUUGAGAGAGUGAGUAUUACUGUUAUACCAUGGUACAGUACGUUUUUCUCUAACUUUUUUCAAUUUGAUUGGGGCAACAGCUUCUAAUGUAUUAGAGAAAAUAGUGCCCAUGUUGUCAAUAAUUUCGUCUAAUUCGUGUGUAUUUUUGGGUAUAAUUAGCAGUGUGUUUGGUGCAGAAACAAAUGAAAUGCAGUCAGUGUCAGUGAUGGAGGGAGAUCAUGUCACUUUAAAAACUAAUGUUGCUGAAUUAAAUGGAGAUGAUGACAUAACAUGGAAAUAUGGAGCUGAGAAGUAUCUCAUAGUUAAAAUCAGUGAGAAACGAAAUGUUUCAAAAUUUGAUGUUCCUGAUGAGAGAUUCAGAGACAGAGUGAAGCUGGACAACGAAACUUUAUCCCUGACCAUCACAAACAUCACAACCCAACACACUGGACUCUAUGAACAACAGAUAAGGGGAACAAAACUGUCAUCAAAAACAUUCAAUGUUUCUGUUUAUCCUCGUCUGCCUGUUCCUACCAUUACCAGAGACUGUUCAUCAUCAUCAUCAUCAUCAUCAUAUUGUUCACUGUUGUGUUCAGUGGUGAAUGUGGGUCAUGUGACUCUCUCCUGGUACAAAGGAAACAAAGGUUUAUUGUCCAGCAUCAGUGUGUCUGAUCUCAGCAUCAGUCUCUCUCUACCUCUGGAGGUGGAAUAUCAGGAGAAAAACAGCUACAGCUGUGUGAUCAACAAUCCCAUCAGAAACCAGACCACACAUCUGGACAUCACUCAACUCUGCAGCAACCAGAAUCAACAUCUGGACAUCAGUCAUCUCUGUCACACAUGUUCAGGUACAGCAGAGCUGAUAUAUGUGUUUAUGUACUGA